CUCGUAUUUACAUUUGAGUCGGGUACAAGGGUUGAUAUGAGGGGAUCUUGUGCUGUUGGCUUAUUAUAAUCUAAAAUUCCGUGGUUCGAAUGACCAUUCUGAUUUUCUUUAAACAUUUGUAGCAAGUCUGUCGCAAGACGAAUGCAAAUUGGUCAAAACUUUUUUGCUAGUGUUAAAAAGUCCGUUUUGUACCAAGAGACUUUAGUGCUUUCUAAAAAAUAACAUCAUUACUUCGAAAUUCAAGGUGAGCAAUUUCUUGUGUUGAAUGGCAGUUUAAAACUUAAUAUCAUUACUUCUUACAAGUUUCCUUCAAAGCACAACAAUGUCGUCGUCACCGGGCAGCAGAGAGCUGCUCCCUCGGGGCAGGUUGACUUUUGGCCCGACGAAAAUAGCCUGGACCACCCGGUGCGAUCACCUACAGCCUCGGGGUGACUCGGCUGGGCGGACUCGGAUCAGACGGUACAAGACUAGACACAAGCCGAGGACAACAUCGGGGACGAGGGACCUCGGCAAUGACAAUGUACCGGCCUCGAGCUCGUCAACACGGCCCAAAAGUUCCUUCACGUGGAAAAACAUCCUCGUCCGGGAAGCACAUCAGGAACUCCUAGACCCCUUUAUUUCAACUUUACCCGGAACACCAGAAUUCCGCAGUGAACGUCUCGACGAAGACAUCCCAAGAGACCCUGCACCACUUCAAGACCCCCAAGAUAGUCGGUGCGUUGCCGUUGACGAGAUAAAGGAAGAACUCCGGAUCCACUACGAAGAAUCCGCCGAAAGUAUGGAUUCAAAGAUAGAAAAGGCUCCACUGAAAAGGCAGCCGAGUUGUGACUCCCUCUUCACCAGGAAGCACCUGAAGCCCGCCGGAGUCUGGAGGCCGUAUGGUCCGCCGCUGUACGGGCACGGGUCCGCCCUGAACCCGCCGCACAGGAAAGGGCCGGACACGCUGGUCAUCCUCGCCACCAUCUUCUACUGCCUGGCCAUCCUGACAGCUGUGGUCUUCGCUGUCUUGUUCAAGGCCAUCAUUCUGUCAGGUGACUAGAGAACCUAACUCUAGGACCGAAAUGAAUG